AUUGAUUCGUUUAAAUUCAUUCAUAUUUUCGAUUGUAAUCUUACUAUUUCUAAGACAUUUUUUGAUUAAUUAUAAGAUUUAUGAUAUGAACGCAAAUGAUAGUGAAUUAAUGGAGCAAUACGAACCUUCUGUUAAAAAUAUAAUUGAUCAACGAUCUUUACGAUGGAUUUUUGUCGGGGGUAAAGGUGGAGUUGGGAAAACAACAUGCAGUUGUUCUCUUGCUGUUCAAUUGUCAAAAGUAAGAGAGAAUGUUCUUAUUAUUUCUACGGAUCCAGCUCAUAAUAUUUCUGAUGCCUUUGAUCAGAAAUUUAGUAAAGUACCAGUCCAAGUUAAAGGCUUUAAAAACUUAUUUGCAAUGGAAAUUGAUCCAAAUGUUGGUAUCACCGAACUACCUGAGGAAUACUUUGAAAACCAGGCAGAUGGAGAUGCAAUGAGAUUAAGUAAAAGUGUCAUGCAAGAAAUUGUUGGUGCAUUUCCUGGUAUAGAUGAAGCAAUGAGUUAUGCUGAAGUCAUGAAAUUGGUGAAAGGAAUGAAUUUCUCGGUAGUGGUAUUUGAUACUGCACCUACUGGUCAUACGUUGAGAUUAUUGUCCUUUCCACAAGUGGUUGAAAAGGGAUUAGGAAAACUGUUGCUUUUAAAAAUGAAGAUUGGUCCUUUUAUUAGACAGCUUAGUUCUUUACUGGGAAAUACUGAUUUCAAUGUGGAUAGUUUUUCAAGUAAAAUGGAAGACAUGUUAACAAUUAUUCGCCAAGUCAAUGAACAGUUUAGAAAUCCGGAACAAACUACAUUCGUUUGCGUAUGCAUAGCUGAAUUUUUAUCACUUUAUGAGACAGAAAGACUUGUACAAGAAUUAACGAAAUGUGGUAUAGACACACAUAAUAUUAUAGUGAAUCAAUUGCUUUUUCUGAAGGAAGGAAUCGCUCCGUGUAAACUCUGUCUUGCACGACACAAAUUACAGGAUAAAUAUUUAGAACAGGUAGAUUAAUUAUUUUAUGAUUAAUAUAUGUGUGUGUGUGUGUAUAU